CGUGACUUUGACAUAUUAUGUCAGUUGUGCGUGGGAAGCCGCGGAAGCAACUGUCCGUCCUCCAGCGCUGCAGCUGCGGUUCUCAAGUUUCAGAUGGAGGGUGCUCACACCUUCACCAAGUAUGGUUGGCUCGUAUGCCUAUGGGUCCUCACUGUUUCAUUCCAGUAUGGUUAUCACACGUCCGCUUUGAAUCAGCUACAGGCUGUCCUAACGUGUAAAAUUAUCGAUGAAACUGCCCCAAUGUACUAUGGUCUGCCCACCUGUAUCCCCAUGUCCGACGCAACCUUUUCUGUAGUUACGUCCAUCUACACCGUUGGAGGCUUCUUCGGCAGUCUGACCGCUAACAUUGCCAUGGACCGUUAUGGGCGGAAAGGGGCUUCUCGUCUUAGUGCUGCGCUCGCAGCUGUUGGCUCUGCGGUAUUCGGGCUGUCUGCUUCUGUCGGUCCGCUCAUUCUGGGCAGAUUUCUUGUUGGCCUUGCAGCAGGCCUGGGCAUUUGUAUCUGUCCUAUAUACCUGUCUGAGAUUGCACCCGCAAAAAUCAAGGGAAACCUGGGUGUUCUAACACAGCUGGCCAUAGUCAUCGGUAUUAUGGUCACCCAAGGAAUGGGCUUUGGACUCGCCACUCCACGACAAUGGCGUUUGGUUCUAUUCAUCUCUUCUGGGAUAUCCAUGUUCCAGUAUUUCAUGAGCCCGUUUGUCGUAGAGUCUCCCUCAUAUCUCAAUCGAAAGGGACUCGUGGAUCAACAGAAAUUAGCUAUUCGCAGACUGUGGGGCGAAAAUCAUGGUAUUUCGCGUACAGAUCCUGAAGAACGAGACAGCGAGGAACCUCUGUUGUCGGACGGUGAUAGCGCUACAGAACGCCGCUCAACUGGUCGCCAGUCUGCAUUGACGAUUCCUCAACUGUUUGCCUCUACUGAGCUUCGCCGACCUCUACUGACAAUUAUUGUUGCUAUGAUGUCCCAACAAAUAUCAGGAGUCAACGCAGUCUUGUACUACAGUAAUGAUAUACUCUCCAAAUCCCUUCCCGAACUAGCACCAUAUGUCUCCCUGGCAAUCACAAUCGUCAACUUUUUCAUGACUUUCCCGCCGAUCUUCCUUAUUGAGCGAGUGGGAAGGAAACAACUGAUCCAAUUAUCAGUCGCCGGCGCUCUUCUGUCUCACCUGGCUGUUGGCUAUGGGUUGAAUAGCGGCCUCGUGACUUUGUCCAGUAUUGCGAUCACCGCCUUUGUUAUGUCGUUUGCCUUUGGAUUAGGUCCCAUUCCAUUUGUCAUCAUCCCCGAGGUGGCACCUCCCCAUGCCGUGUCCGCCAUUUCAUCAGUGGGUUUGUCACUGAACUGGACGGUCAAUUUUAUCGUCGGCCUGAUCUUUCUCCCGCUGCGCAAUUUCCUCGCAAAUGGCGACCCCAUGAAAGAAGGGAGAGUGUUCUAUCUCUUUGCAUCGGCGCUGUUCUGCUCGACACUUUUGUUUUCGAAAUUAUAUAGGGGUUAAAGGAGGUGGGGCAGAUUGUUACCCGUCUUACAUGUACAUAACGUACAUCCAUGGCAAUAUCUCACUAUAUCUGUCAACUUCAGCGUGCUUAAAUCAUUCUACCGACUCCCUAUGCAGUACUUCGUGAGAGCCC